AUGCACAGUCAUGAAGAGGAAAUGCUGUUGGUUCUAAUAGCUGGAGUAUUUCUAAUAGGAGUUCUAGGGAAUGGAUUCAUGGCACUGGUGAACUGUAUUGACUGGGCCAAGAGAAAGAAAUUAUCAGCAGUUGAUCUCAUCCUGGUUGUCCUGGCCAUCUCCAGAAUUAGUCUGUUGUGCACAAUGAAAUGGAAGAGCUUUCUAAUCACUUUUUUUCAGAAUGGAUUCAUUGAGGAUCAAAGGAUUGUGGAUUUCUUAUGGGCAACUUCCCACAUUUCAAGUAUUUGGUUUGCCACUUCCCUUAGCAUUUUCUACUUCCUAAGGAUUGCCAACUUCUCCCAUCCCUUCUUCUUCUGGUUGAAAUGGAGAAUCAAGCAAGUGAUCUGCACAUUUCUGGUGGGGCCCCUUUUCUUCUCCUUGAUCAGCGAAUUUCUACUAUUGGAGAAAAUGUACUACAAUAGAAGCCUUAACAGUAGAGAAAAUGAGAGAAAUGAAUCUCAAGAGGUCCAAGUGAAUAAAAAGCAAUACUUUAUUACACAGAUUGGAAUAAACUUUCUAAAUAUUCCUCCCUUCUUUCUGUCUAUUGUAUCCUGUUUCCUACUAAUCCUCUCCUUGUGGAAGCACACCCAGAGAAUGCAGCCCAAGGUCAAUGCCUCCAGAGACCCCAGUACAAUGGCCCACAUUCGAGCCAUGAAAGCCACACUCUCAUUUCUCAUUCUCUUGAUACUCUAUUAUAUAGGCCUCUACAUCACUUUCAAAAACUUCUCAAGAUUAAGCUCCAUUUUCGGUGUUGUAAUAAUGGCCUUUUAUCCCUCAGGACACACAUUGAUACUUAUUUUAUGGAAUAGCAAACUGAGACUCACUGCCCUAUUGGUGUGGGGGCAAAUGAAAUGCUAUCUAAGAAGCAUCCUGGGAAGAUGGUAG